AUGUCCCGGCAGGCCGUCACCACAGCCCUGCCACACCCCAGACCCUUGGUCCUGCACACGGACACCCGAGGGGGCCAGCCCAGGCCGCACUUCUGUUUACGGCAGUCACUUUCCGGGAGCGAGCGGCACACGGUCACAGAGUGGGGGGGGGGCGGGGGCCCCAGCAGGGCAGAGAGGGCGGAAGGACAGGCCCUGGGUUCAAACUCCAGCCUGCAGCCCAGUGACCUCGGGGAGGAGUCAGCCGAAGGCCCGGGAGAGCCAGGCGGGGCUCUGAGAGGGGGAGACCCUCUGAGGCUCAGGGGUGCCCAGGUCCGGGAGCCGCGGGGAGCCCCGGCCAAUCUCAACAGUGUUCGCCCGGUGGAGGCCAGUCCGGGACCGGGUGGUGGGGUGUUCCAGAACCGGAAGAACCCCGCCCACCGCCCCUUCGACGGAGGACCGGGCUCCCCGCACCGAGCCCUAGGGCUGGCAUGGGGCCGGCCGGCUGACUCAGUGCCCUGGCUUAAAAAUGUCCCCGCGCCCCAGCGCCGCCCGGGACGGCCGGGGCCGGCAGGGCCGCAGCGGGACGGGCUCCUGGCCACAAGCCCGGCGCAGCCCCUCGACCCCCAACCAAUGCCUCCUGCCGCGGCCCGGCCGGCAGACCCGGCCGGCAGACCCGGGCUGAGCCCCGCGUUGCGCCGCCUCCUGGGGAGGCUGAGGCCCGGGCCGCCCGCCGUCGGUGCGCGCGCCUCCCGCGUCUCCCUCGCCAAAGCCGCCCCAUCCAGGCCGUGACCC